AUGCCAAGCAGCACUAGCGGCCGUCGUACUCGGGGCAAACGCUCCGAAGAUUGCCACAGUCUGGCCGGUCUGACUCGGCAGGACGUUGAGAGCGAUGGUGAAGCCAAGCAGGAGGACGAAAGCGCAGACUGGGACCACGGCAUCGAUCUCUAUUCCAGAUACCUCGGCUUGAACAGCGCUGAAGGAGACCGGACUCUGCAGCGGGAGCAAGAUCGGCGUCUUGGGCCAAGAGGCCGUUCAGUAACCUUUGAUGAGACGACCAGCGUGCUUGACAACACAGAGGCGGUGGUCGCGAGGCGGCAAGCGUACUGUGAGCAGUGGCGGCAACGAACGGCCGCGAAGGACAGCUCUCAGCCAGAUGAGCAGUGGCAGCUGCAGCAUGCACCUCCGGCAAUCGUUCGCAGCGGCGGUGACAACAACCGUGUCGCUCCAUCUUUAGCUUCCAAGCUUCGAAACCUUGUUCCACCGCCUCUUCCACCCCCUAGAAACUCGAUCUUGCCGCCGACGCCACUCAACCCUGCGCUUAGCGGAAAUCAUCAGAUCGUUGAUUUCAGUGUCCGAGGCGGUCCACUCUUUGUCGAAAUCAAGGGUACCUCCGGUGUUCAACGGAGACCUCCUUCCAGCCGGCUAGAACCGCCGACACAGCAGCCGGAAGCGCAAUCGCUCGAACUCCCCUCAGAUUCGCGAAGGCACGGUCGUUCCAACUGGGUCUUCUUUGACGCUGAUCCCUUGCAGCUUUCCUCUCCACCCUCUCCUCCCGAGCAACAACAACUUCAUCAACUCAAGCCAAGCCCUUCUUCUCGCCACCACUCCACAUCCUCGUCUGUCGAGCUCUCUGCAUCCAACGCAGUUCUACGCCAGCGACUCAUAGCUCAAACAUCCGUCGUCGCCAGCGAGGCCUCCCUUUCGAGCUGGUCGAUCAUGUCCGACGAGAAGCGCGCCUCGAUCGAGGUGCCGGACAGCCCUGGGAGCUACUCGACCGCCAACGCUCCUGGCCUCUACAAGUCGAGCGAUGCGUCUAGCGUCCCCGCGUAUCCGUAUCGGGAAAAGGCGAACAUUUCCGAGAGCCCAUCACAAGAUACAUCUCCUGACUCCACGGCGAGCGCCACCCCUACCGAGACGGAAAGCGAACUCGGCCCGAGGGUGAAGAAAGACCUGCGGUUCUGGAUGAUCUUCAGCGCGCUCAUGCUGAUCGCCUUCAUCGCGGCACUCGACAUGACCAUGAUCAGCACGGCGCUACCCUCGAUCACCUCGGACCUUCCUCCGUCGACGAUCGCCGCCAACUGGGUCACUUCGGCCUUCCUCCUGCCCAUGGUGGCCUCGCAACCCAUCUUUGGCGGUCUCUCGUGUUCGAUCGGUCGUCCGUGGUCGAUCAACUCUGCGCUCGUCAUCUUUCUGGUGGGGAGCGUGGUGUGCGCCACGUCCAAGAGCUUCUUGAUGCUGGUGGUGGGCAGAGGUAUUCAGGGGUUGGGCGGAGGGGGGAUCCACGCCAUGUGCGAGAUCAUCAUGUCGGAUCUGACGACGUUGAGGGAGAGAGGGUUGUACUUUGGUCUGAUCGCCUUGGUCUUUGCGGUGGCAGGGUUCGCAGCUCCCGUGCUGGGUGGUGCUUUUAGCGAACACUCUUGGCCUUGGAUCUUUUGGAUCAAUCUGCCGAUCGGCGCGGUAGCACUGGUCAUGUUGAUCGUCUUCCUCAAGAUCAAAGUCCCACUGCUGACAGGCAAGGAGAGGUGGCAGAGGCUGGACCUGGUGGGAAACGCUAUUCUGUUCGGCUCGGUCACUUCGAUCCUGAUCGCGGUGACCGAGGGUGGAAUCAAGUACCCUUGGUCAUCGUGGCAGAUUUGGGUGCCACUCGUCGUCGGACUGUUGGGUAUGGGCUUGUUCCUCGUGAUCGAAUGGGUGCCCAACCGCAUCUCCCCCAAACCAGUGUUCCCCUUGGACCUGUUCCAGAACAGAACCGCCGCCUUCGCCUACCUGCAAACCUUCCUCCACGGCGUCAUCUUCUACGGCGUCAUCUACAUCGUACCCAUCUACUUCCAGGCCAUCAAGGACCGCACGCCACUGCAGUCCGCGAUCUGGUCGUUCCCCAUGACCGCCCCCUCCUUCCCGCUGGCCAUGGCAGCAGGCAUCUUGAUCUCGGUCACUGGCAAGUACAAGCUGCUGAUUUUCGCCGGGUGGAUCCUCAUGGCUGCCGGUGUAGGAUGGAUGACUCACUGGCACGUUGCCACGUCCAAGCUCGAAUGGGCGUUCUCGCAAGUCAUCGCGGGAGCUGGCUUGGGCAUCCUCUUCCCGAUCACCCUUCCACCGAUCCAAGCCGCGCUCCCGUCGUCUCGACUGGAAAGCGCCACGGCAGCGUACGCCUUCACCCGCACCUUCGGUGCUGUGUGGGGCAUCACCGCUGCCACCACCAUCUUCUCCACGCAGACCGCCAAAAACCUUCGCCCCUACUACGCGCAGCUCAACCCGCUCGGUCUGACCGACUUUACCGUCAUCGCCUUCUCGGAAAGCCUCCGCCACCUGCCGCAGCCAAUCCAGGGCGUAGUGAAGCGUGUCUACGCAGACGCCAUAUCGGACUCGUACUGGCUCUUCGUCCCUCUGGCCAUCAUCGGGUUUGCGACUACGUUUGGGAUGAGGGAGUUGCCGUUGCCGGAUUUCAUCAAGUCCGAGGCAAAGAUGGAGCAGAAGGAGGACUCGGUGCCGGCGUUGGCGAGCGGCGCGGAACAUGCCGUGGUGGGUAUCAGGACAGAGGUGCCGUCUACUGUGCCUUGA